AGAGGUCGGCGCUGAAGCAAAACAUCCACUGUCACAUACUUCCGGGUUCGCUUAAACGCGUUCCGACGUCUAGUUUAUCAUCUCAUACGUAAAUUAGAACAGUAGUUUCAGUUUUAAAUCAAGCAUUCGUCGCUUACCCGUGUUUUACAGAACCUAAAUCAGAGAUGAGGUGGAUACUUAAGAAUUGAAGACAGGAGUUAUUAAAAACGGACUGAUUUCGGCGUCCUGCCUCACGCAUGCGCGAUGUUACCAAUUCCGUUUAAACGCUACCUCGCUAUAUUGCGUAAACUUAAUAGGGGUCGAUUGUUUAUUCGUUUUUGUAAGUCAUAGACCGGCGUGCUGUACAUUAAAAACGAUGGCGUAUUCAUAACACUUUACGUUGAAUGUUUAAGAGUAUCUUCGCCCGCCUGGGCAGGCCUGUAUCUUAUCAGUGAAGUCAAUCUUUGACUAGAUAGUCUUGCCAUGUUUUUAUUUCUACCGCCCCCUGCCGGACGGGAGGACAGCUCUCCUCUUACAUGCUGUUGCUAGGAUACAGAGGACUACAGUGUAGCUCAAGAUCAAAAUAUUUUGAGGUAUUGCUAAACUAUCUCGUGAAAAGCCUAAUUAACACUUGCAUGGAUAGUUGUUUGUUGAUUAAUGGAUAUCACAAGCAAACAAGAUGACUGCAGCGUCUUAUACAUUUGAUAAUGGACAGAAGAAUCUCACCAAGUGUUUCCCACCCCGGACAUUGCUCAGCCGAACGAAAGAAGGGGCUGGACAUUGGCUUACAGCUUACAGAAAGGCAGAGGAGCAGAACCACAGGAAUGCGCGUAGAAGAAUAAAAGAGAUUUAUGAAGAAUGUGGGAGCAGCAGGGGGGCUGAGACUCCUCAUGGCAACACAUUAGAUGGAAUUCUACUGCUCCAAUUACAUUGUGUUGAUCAGCCGUCUGAUCUCUGCUCCGUUGACAUCAGUGAGCAGAAACUGAACUCUGUCAAGCCAGAAGACCUCAAGGUGUUUGAAAAUGUAGCUUACGUUGAAGCAUCUAUUAACUCCCUUUCUUUAGGGUCUUUCAGCGGUUUUGUUUCUUUAAGGAAACUCAAUCUGUCAUUAAACGGGAUCAGCAACAUGACGUUUCAUGCUGCUGACUUCCCUCAUCUCGAGGUUUUGGAUUUGUCCUACAACAGUUUGUCUGCAGAUGAUAUUGUUUCCUUGGGUCGGCUCCCACGUCUAAAAAGCCUUCAUCUGACUGGAAAUCAGCUUCAUCAUCUUCCUCCUAAUCUGAGUUCAUCCGAGCAUGACCCGUCCCACAUGGCAGACGCACAGUUUAGAGCUCUUGAGGUCCUGAUGCUUGACGAUAACAAACUGUCCUCUGGAGUCUUCAACAGUCUGGGAAACCUUAAGAGGCUGAAGUAUCUAAACCUGCAGGGAAACCAUAUUUCUGAAAUUGUAUUUUUGCAAAUUGACGGCUUGAAGACUUCUGUUGAAGAGCAAACGGACACAGAGGGAUUUGGCCACACUGAGACAAAUCCGAGCACUGCUGAAAGAUCCAGCUUUCCGCUACCUGAGCUUCAGUUUCUCAAUUUAGCAAACAACAAGAUUUUGGAGGAGGAAGCGCUGAUGGCGGUCGCUCUUUUCCCGAUGCUCCGAGAAAUUGACAUCCACUCCAACCCUCUGACCACACAGAGGAGCGGAGAUCCUCCCUUACUGACCUAUUACCUCAAAGAGAGACUGGGGAUUAGGAUAAAUCGCAAAAAGACUCAAGAGGCGGCGAAGCACCCGCUGAAGGUGUCCACUCACCCGAAAUGGAAGUUCAAAGAAAGACCCCCAAAAGUGUUGAAGAAGCCCAUGUUGAAGGAUGCACCCUGUCCUACCCAAACCCAUGUGGAGAAAAGUGAGUCGACUGUCCAGAAAACACCAGAAUCUGAGAGUGGGAAUAGCAGAGAUGACACCUUCCAAGAAAGCACAGAGCACUUCUUUGUUACUCAGGCUACAGAAGUUCCUGAAUAUGAGUGUGAUCUUCAAGCUGAUGGAAAAGACAUUUCAGCGAACAAAGCCGAUACCAUUCCUGAAAGACUCACAUGCUACGAAAUGUUGACGGACACAAAAGCAAAUCCUGAUGUGGUGGAGCCAGUCGGAAUUCAAACAGCUGUUCGGAUGCUGGAGCACAAACUGAAGAAUCUGAAUGUUUACAGAGACUCAAAACCCAAACUUGAUAGCAUCCAGAUGCCUUACAGCGAAAGAGAGAAAAGGAUUAAGGACCUUCCGCCAUUGAAGCCGAUACAGCAGCCAACUGAAAGGGUGGAUAAAAUGAUAAAGGAAAUCAAGGAGAGCACAACGAUCAGAGAAGUGUCCUUAAGCAGGGCCAUACACGGCACCGGUGUUAACAAGCAGGAGCAAAAGGAAGCUCUGUCGCUGCUGAGGGACAUUAAGACAAAGCACAAGAUGGUCCAUAAGAAAACAAUGGCACAAGCAGCCAGCAUAGAGUCUGACAGAAACACCAACCAAGACGGAGCUGAACCUCCACCUGUGCAGAUUCUUCCACCCUCAGAUAAACUGUGAUCUCCUUUA